AUGAGUAAACAGAAAGAACAACCUGUCAAUAGUGAGUCGCCGCCACCACUAGGUCCACCUCCAGAUGGAGGCUGGGUGGCCUGGUCUGUGGUUGGCGGAGCUUUUUGCUGUCUGUUUACGAGCUUCGGUUGGAUUAACUGUAUCGGCAUUUUUCAAAAUUACUACAGUCUCCAUCAGCUUGCCCACUAUUCAAACAGUACGAUAGCAUGGAUUCCUUCACUGGAGAGCUUCAUGAUGUUUUUCGGAGGUAUUUUUGCCGGUCGAAUCUUCGAUAGCUACGGGCCUCGGUUGUUACUCCUGUUUGGCAGCUUUUUCCAUGUCUUUGGCUUAAUGAUGGUUUCCAUCUCGACCAAAUAUUAUCAAAUCAUUCUUGCUCAGGGGGUCUGUAGCCCAAUUGGUGCAUCCGCGAUUUUUUUCGUUGCAACUGCCUCCGUUUCCACCUGGUUCAAGGAGCGUCGAGCAUUCGCAUUGGGAAUCGUCUUUUCCGGUUCAAGUCUCGGAGGAGUUAUCUUUCCAAUUAUGGUCAACAAAUUAACCGUUGAAGUUGGCUUUGCCUGGACGAUGAGAAUUUGUGCCUUCCUUAUCCUCUUCAUGAUGGUCAUUGCCAACCUGACCCUCAAGUCUCGUCUUCACCACCAGCCGAAGAAGAUUAAUGUUAAUCAAUUCAUUCAACCCCUCAAGGAACUUCCUUUCCUCCUGGUCAUCACCUCAUCCUUUCUCUUCUUCUUGGGCGUGUUCUUGCCCUUCAAUUAUAUUGUUGAAAUGGCCGUCCGAAAUGGCAUGUCAGCUUCCUUGGCAAACUACCUUGUCUCAAUUAUCAGUGCACUAAGUAUUCUCGGACGCACGAUCCCUGGUUAUUUAGCCGAUCGACUGGGCGUCUUUGUUGUCAUGAUUUCUGUCAGUUAUCUGUCUGCCAUUUUGUGCUUGGCAUUAUGGAUUCCUGCCCGAUCCAAUGCAGCCAUCAUCGUUUUCGCCGCUCUCUAUGGUUUCUCCUCUGGUGGCUUUGUCUCGUUGGGACCGGCUAUCGUUGCGCAGAUCUCCAAUUUGGAAGAAUUGGGCACUCGGCUCGGAACAUACUUUGCUAUCAUCUCCAUCGCUGCCCUGAUCAGCAAUCCGAUCGGUGGUGCUUUGGUCCCUAAUCCUGCAACGGAUCCCUUCUGGGAAUUGCAGCUCUUUGCGGGUGUCAUGAUGGCUGCUGGAAGCACCGGUUAUGUCGUUGUCUGGAUUUAUCUCCGCCGUGUCAAGGCCAGGGAGAGAGUAGAGGAAGUCUAA